AUGGAUCUCAAAGCUGGCGAAGUGAUUGAAGAUCUCGAUGCAGCUGAGGUCUUCCUCCGCGACAACAACUUCUCCCACUCCUACCUGCACGAAUUGCUUCAAGACGAGGCUGCUUGCAAGAAACUCGUCCGCAAAGUCAAUUGGACGCUCAUGCCACUGCUCUGCGGAACCUAUCUGCUGCAAUACAUUGACAAACAAGCUUUGAGCUAUGCCGCCGUGUUCGAUCUGUUUAAAUCGACAAAGACUACGUCGGACGAUUAUCUGGCGCAGCAUUUCCCUACUGGAAGAGUGUUGAGCUACUUUGUCAUCACUUGGGGCUCAGUUUUGAUGUUGACGGCGGCAUGUCACAACUUCACUGGCCUGGCCAUCUGCAGAUUCAUUCUGGGCUGUCUUGAGGCUCCUAUCACUCCUUGCUUCAUGAUGCUGGUCGGCAUGUGGUUCACUCGUAAGGAACAACCGGCUCGUGCUGGCAUUUUCUACUGCUUUAAUGGAGUUGGCAGUAUGGUCGGAGGCAUUCUCUUCUACGGCGUGGGUCAACUAGACGGUUUCCCAGUCUGGAGGGUCAUCUUCUUGCUCUGUGGAGGCUUGACCAUCGUCUGGGGUAUUGUGCUCUUCUUCUUGCUUCCCAACAACAUCAUGACUGCCAAAUUCUUCUCUACUGAAGAAAAAGCACUGCUCAUCGCACGAAGCCAGACGAACCGAACUGGUGUAUACAACCCCAAGAUCAAGUUGUCGCAGGUCAAGGAAGCGUUGCUCGAUCCUCAGAUGUGGAUUCUGUUCCUCUUCGUAUUGUGCAAUGAAGGCAUCAACGGAGGUUUCGCAAACUUUGGCAAAUUGAUUGUCAAGGGUAUCGCACAUGGUGAUGCGCUCAAGACGACAGCAUAUGGUAUCCCCUCGGGAGCGUUCCAAGUGUUCUUCGUAUUCACUGGGCCAUACUUGGCUUCCAAGUUCAAGAACAUCCGAACAUAUGUCAUGGCGCUGUAUCUCCUGCCAACCAUUAUCGGAACCAGUCUUGUAUGGAAUUUACCGAGGACCAAUUCUAAUGGUUUACUGGUGUCGUACUAUUUGAUUGGCUCUUUCGUCGCAUCUCUCGUACUGGCUCUGCAGAUGCCCGCCAACAAUGUUGGAGGAUACACUAAGAGAGUGACAGCGACAGCGUUUGUGUUCUUAGCAUAUUGCAUCGGCAAUAUCUGUGGGCCUCACGCAUUCCUGGCAAGCGAAGCUCCAGUGUACGAGACGGGAUGUAAAUUUAUUAUCGCGUGCGCAGCUAUCCAGGUGGUGCUUGUGUUUGCGCUGCGAGCACUGCUGAUUCACCGCAACAAGAAGAGAGAUGCACAGUUUGGGCUGGUAUCGGACAUGGACACAGCCGAGGAGACGAUUGAGGAUUUGACAGACUUUGAGAACCCUCGGUUCAGGUAUUCGUACUGA